AUGCUAGGGUAUCGAUACCUAUGGGUGGAUGCAAUAUGUAUCAUCCAGGGACCAAGCGGCGACUUCCACUCAGAAUCGGCCAGAAUGGGAGAUUACUACUCGAACGCUGAUUGUUGUAUAGCUGCAUCGGCUGCGACUGAUAGCCAACAGGGCUUUUUGACUAAACGCCCGCUCGCAAGAUUCCCUAUAGACGACAUCGCCAUUAAGAUCUCGGGACAUAAAGAUCCAGGAUAUGCCAUAUUUAAAUCAGAUCACAGGAAACCAGGUGGGAAGGGGCCUCUCCUUGUGUCGCCGCUGACGAAACGUGGAUGGUGUUUGCAAGAGGCGGCACUAGCAAAGCGCAUACUUCAUUGGACCAUCCGGGGAGUAUUUCUCGAAUGUCAGAGCUCUCUCUUCCUCGAGGGCAAAAAUGAUCCAUGGGAAACUAUGGGCCCGCAGAUGGAAAUGUCUCAUGAGCGAUACCUUACACCGAGAGAAGUCAUGGCGAUGCCUGAUGAAGACAUACUUUUCUCAAAGGGGUGGUAUCAGCUUGUGGCUGAUUUCUCAAGCACAGAGCUGACGUAUGAGACGGAUCGUUUAUAUGCCAUUCAUGGCCUUGCGUCUGUGGUCAUUCGACGUUUGAAUGCCGAAUACUUUAACGGUCUCUUCCGAGGGAGUCUUGCGCAGGGCCUUGUAUGGUAUCAUUGGUUCAGCUGGCAUGGGGCAUGCAAGAGACCUGAGGCCGCGCAGCUACCGUCUUGGUGCUGGGCAUCGGGCUGUCCUGUUGAGUUCAUGAGGAUCCGUCGGACACCGAUUUACAUCCGGGAUGACCACCCCGAGCGGCCUCUACGCUUCCCUACGCAUCCUGGGGCUAUAAGCACGGUGGAGGCCACUACCUCUAAACUCUACAUCAGAGCGCCCAUUAUCCAACUAGACAUUGGGAGGAAUAAGUUUGGAUACAUCAAGACUAGUGACUCGGGUGACAUGGUGAGAUUCGAAUGUGGCUAUUAUUUGGACUCAAAUCGUCGAGUUAUGCGCCAUAUGUCUCGUGUUGAGAACUGCGAUGCGGAGUGGGGAGGAGGCUCAAGCGUAUUGUGGAUGCCUGUAGGUCGAUCAGCCAUUGACCCGUUGUGUGUCGUGGGCUUAUUAGUGCACGAAGUGCCUGGUGAAGGAGAGGGGGUUUACUGCCGGUAUGGGCUUCUUGAGUUCAAGAGCGAGGAUGAUUCUUUACUGGAUGAUCAACGCCUGGACGACGUUAGCGAAAUAACUUUGAUAUAA